CGUGCUAGGGGGGAGGGUGGCCGGGGUGGGCGGCUCGACUCUCUGCUCCGCCGGGGCUUGUGCAAGUGCCCCCGAGCCGGGCACACGCGCCCCGCGGGCACACUCAGCGACAGCGGGGUUUGCGGCCGGCGGACCCCGGCGGCGAAGCAGGGCGGGCGGGGCGGUUUUCAUGUGUUGGCCCCUGGUUUAGUGGAGUCACACCCGGGGCUUUUCUGUUUGUAGUUCUGGUUUUUGGUCGGGGCGGCGAGGGGCUGAGGGACUGAAAGAUGGAGACUGUCAGUCGAAGCAGCUUCCAGCCGCAUCCCGGGCUGCAGAAGACCUUGGAACAGUUUCAUCUGAGCUCCAUGAGCUCCCUGGGUGGCCCGGCCGCCUUCUCCGCCCGCUGGGCGCAGGAGAUGUACAAGAAGGACAAUGGCAAAGACCCGGCGGAGCCCGUCCUCCACCUGCCCCCCAUCCAGCCCCCGCCGGUGAUGCCGGGCCCCUUCUUCAUGCCCUCGGACAGGUCCACGGAGCGCUGCGAGACCAUCCUGGAAGGGGAGACCAUCUCCUGCUUCGUGGUGGGUGGCGAAAAGCGGCUCUGCCUGCCCCAGAUCCUGAACUCCGUGCUCAGGGACUUCUCCCUGCAGCAGAUCAACUCGGUGUGCGACGAGCUGCACAUCUACUGCUCCAGGUGCACGGCCGACCAGCUGGAGAUCCUGAAAGUCAUGGGCAUCCUGCCCUUCUCGGCCCCUUCCUGCGGGCUCAUCACCAAGACUGACGCCGAGAGGCUCUGCAAUGCCUUGCUCUACGGGGGCACCUACCCGCCCCACUGCAAGAAGGAGUUCUCCAGCACCAUCGAGCUGGAGCUCACCGAGAAGAGCUUCAAGGUGUACCACGAGUGCUUUGGGAAGUGCAAGGGACUCCUGGUGCCAGAGCUGUACAACAACCCCAGCGCUGCCUGCAUCCAGUGCUUGGACUGCAGGCUCAUGUACCCGCCUCACAAAUUUGUGGUCCACUCGCAUAAAUCCCUGGAGAACAGGACUUGCCACUGGGGCUUUGACUCGGCUAACUGGAGGUCCUAUAUCCUCCUCAGCCAGGAUUACACCGGGAAAGAGGAGAAAGCAAGGCUGGGCCAGUUCUUGGAUGAAAUGAAAGAGAAAUUUGACUACAGCAACAAAUACAAGAGAAAAGCACCCAGGAUCCCUUCGGAUCCUCCUGCUUCCAAAAAGCCCAAAAUUGAUGACUCUGCUUCCCAGUCUCCAACUUCUGCCGAGAAGGAAAAGCAAUCCAGUUGGUUACGGUCCUUGUCUAGUUCAUCCAAUAAGAGUAUUGGUUGUGUCCAUCCCCGUCAGCGCCUCUCUGCUUUCCGGCCUUGGUCCCCUGCUGUUUCAGCAAACGAGAAAGAGCUCUCGACACAUCUUCCCAUACUGAUCCGAGACGGUUUUUACUCCUACAAAAGUUUCGAGAAUGCUGUGGCCCCCAACGUGGCUCUUGCGCCUCCUGCUCAGCAGAAGAUUGUAAGCAAUUCCCCAUGUGCCACAGUGGUGUCACGGAGCAGUGAGCCAAUGAGCAGCCCGGUCCAGCCACGGAAAAGGAAGCUGACUGCAGACAACCCAGCAGUCCCGGACACAGUGAGCACCGUCACUGCUACCGAAGAGGACAAAGAGUCAGAAGCAGAGAUUGAAGUAGAAACCCGGGAGGAAUGUAAGUUCACCUCGUCCCUGUCCUCGCUCUCCUCCCCAUCCUUUACUUCGUCCAGCUCUGCGAAGGACAUGAGCUCACCUGGCAUGCAAACCACGGCCACUGUCAGCAACUCCUUUGAGGUUGCCACACAUGCUGAGUCUCACAGCAGCGGGUUGGAAGCUGAACUGGAGCAUCUAAGACAGGCCCUGGACAGUGGCCUGGAUACUAAAGAAGCCAAAGAGAAAUUCCUCCAUGAAGUGGUUAAAAUGAGAGUGAAGCAGGAGGAGAAGCUAAAUGCUGCCUUGCAGGCUAAACGAAGCCUGCACCAGGAGCUGGAGUUCCUGCGCGUGGCUAAGAAGGAGAAGCUGAGAGAGGCAACCGAGGCAAAGCGCAACUUGAGGAAAGAGAUCGAACGUCUUAGAGCUGAGAAUGAGAAGAAAAUGAAAGAAGCCAAUGAGUCGCGGAUACGACUAAAGCGGGAACUGGAGCAAGCCAGGCAGAUCCGGGUGUGUGACAAAGGAUGUGAAGCAGGCAGGCUGCGGGCCAAGUACUCUGCCCAGAUUGAGGACCUACAGGUUAAGCUUCAGCAUGCCGAGGCCGACAGGGAACAGCUCCGAGCUGACCUGCUGCAUGAGAGGGAGGCUCGGGAACACUUGGAAAAAGUGGUCAAGGAACUUCAGGAACAACUGUGGCCUAAAUCAAGCAAUCAUCCCAGCAGUGAGAACACAGCAAAUGACAUUGAGAACUAAACAUCUAAUCCAUAAACAGAAUGACAUAUAUGCACAGUAAGGGAGGAUGUGUGGGGAGUGUGUGCACGUGCAUGUGUGAGUGGGUGUGUGUUGCUCUGCACACAUCUAUAAAUAUGGACUUUAUAAUUAGUUGGAGGGCAAAUGUUACUCUUUACAACAGAAGCACUGACUUACGCCUCUUUUUUCAAUCCAUAUAGCACAACAUCUUACUGUGCCUAUACCACACAGAGUGUUUAUAAACUAAAUACUUUUGAGUCCACUGCAAAUUUUCUACUGGCAAACUUCAAGCAAGCAGCAUCGUCCAACUCAAACCAGAGUAGAAGGCAAGCAACCAUGGCAGUGCUGUGACGUUCUUGUGCUUGCUGGAACACUUUGGAAUGUCAAACAAAAACAAAAAACCCAACAAACUUUUUGUUAUAAGCUAUUUAAAAUUAUUACAUUAUACAGACUUGGUAUUAAAACAAUUAACGAGAUUUUUUUUAUAACGAACCUUUAAAAGCAAAACAAAAUAAUUAAAAAAACCCACAAACCCUUGAUGCACAAUUUUUAAAUGACUUGUUACAGGCUUUGGGAUUCUUAUUGUAGAAGCCUUCUGGUGAUGUUGCCAUUUCAUCAGCAAUUUUCAACCCCUUAGGAAGCCAUCACAGUUUUAACACUGUCAUGUGGUUUUAUGAGAAUUUCAGAGUGCUUUUCAAAGUUGAUUUUUUUUUCUUAGUAUGAACGAUCCUCGUUUUCCUCUACUAACCCCAGGAAGGAUGGAGGGGAGUGCAUGUGUGGACAGAGUGUAUGCUAGAGAGAGAUAAAUCCAGCCUUAUUGACUUCAGUGUUUGUAAAUCACGCCAUAAUUUUUAAAGAUAUCUGUCAUUAACUGAUGUGUUCAAAAGACUCACUUCAUCCAAGAGCACUUCAGUUUUAGGAAAAGAAUGGAAGAAGAAAGAAAGUGAAUGAACUUAAGUUGGUUGAAAGAUAAGCAAAAAAAAAAAAAAA